AUUAUUAAUUAAAAUAACAUCAAUUAAAGUACUAUUUAAAAAUGUUUUCGACAUUUCAAACUAUAUUUGAAAUAUCAGUAAUAAAAUGGUCACUGAUUUUUUCUGCUAUUUUUGGAAUCACAUUGUUUUUGAUUUCCAGAUAUAUUGACGGGAAGUGUGACUAUUGGCGCAAACAAGGCGUACGGACAGCGAGUGUCAGUCUAUGGACACGAUUCACGAAACAGUGGUUCGAAUGGCAACGCGAUCUCUACAUCCGUAACGGCAAGUGUUUCGGUGUCUAUGAGUUGGGAAAACCGGUUCUCUAUCUCUCGGAUCCGGAACUCAUUCGCGAGGUUUUGGUCAAAGACUUCCAUAUAUUCACUAAUAGACGGGUCAGUCAU